GAUGCCUCAUCUGAUUUGUUAUUGAGGCUGUGUGAUGAUUUCCUCUCGUCUUUCUAAUAAGGGGGCUGAAUGAGGGGAUACACUUCUCUCAGUCUCUCUGGGCGAGUGGAGGUGAACACAUCGUGUACAGCGAGGAGGGAGAUGGAAAUCUGUCUGACUUUAAUUCUUCUCUCAUCCACACUCACACUCACAGCAGCUGACAAUGUGAGGUUGGUGAAUGGUGGAAGUCGCUGUGCUGGGAGAGUGGAGGUUCUUCAUGAUAGACAGUGGGGAACAGUGUGUAGUGGUGGCUGGGAUAGGAAUGAUGCUGCAGUGGUGUGUAGAGAGCUGCACUGUGGGGAGGCUGUAGAUGCACCACAAUACGGUCACUUUGGACAAGGAUCAGGACCAAUCUGGAUGGUUUAUGUGGACUGUAGAGGAUCAGAGUCGACACUGAAGGACUGUAGGUCACUUGGGAGGGGGGAAAAUUAUAAGUGUGGACAUGUUCAUGAUGCUGGAGUCACCUGCUCAGGUCAGAAUUCGAGACUCAGUGCUGGUCCUCACCGGUGCUCUGGGAGAGUGGAGGUGUUUCUUGGAGGUUCCUGGUCCACAGUGUGUGAUGCUGACUUUGACCAGCAGGAUGCAGAGGUUGUGUGUCGAGAGCUGGACUGUGGGAUUCCUUCAAAGGUUCUGGGAUCAGCUGCUUUUGGACGAGGGGAGGGUCAGGUGUGGACAGAGGAGCUUCAGUGUAGAGGAAACGAAUCUGGGAUUUACUUCUGUCCAUCAUCAUCUUCACUGAAACACUCAACCUGCUCCCAUGACAAUGAUGUGGGAUUAAUAUGUUCUGGUUACACGGAGGCGCGACUGGUGAACGGACCGGACUCCUGUUCUGGUCGAGUGGAGCUCCUGUACCUCGGUGUGUGGGGCACAGUUUGUGCUGUAAGCUGGAAUAUGAGAGCUGCAGAUGUUCUGUGUGCACAGCUGGAUUGUGGGAGUGCUGUGGCUGUGGUGAAGGUGGACUGGUUUGGGGAGGGGAGUAACCACAUCUGGGCUGAUGUGUUUGAUUGUCAGGGGAAGGAGACACACCUAUCACAAUGUGGCGUCUCAUCAUGGAGUCGAGCUGCAUGCACUCAUAAACAUGAUGCUGGAGUCAUCUGUAAUGGAUCAUCUGUGGCGCUUCAUGAGGGGCGAGUGCGGUUGUCUGGAGGGAGCGAGUGUCAGGGGGAGGUGGAGAUUUAUUUCAGGCAGGACUGGAGGAGAGUUCUCCUGGACUUGUGGAGUCUGUCUGAGGCGUCUGUGCUCUGCAGACAGCUGGGCUGUGGCUCCGUGCUGAACUACCGCUCCUCUCCAUCCACCACUGAACACAAACACAUGUGUGUAACAGGUUUCAGCUGCUCUGGGAGUGAAAAUCAUCUGAGGAAUUGCAGCAGUGCACAAGCUGAACCUGUCAACUGCAGCUCCGGGGAACAGCUCUACAUCACCUGUUCAGGUAAACACUCACAAAUCAAGCUGGUUGGUUCUGGGGGAGACUGUGCAGGAAGGCUGGAGGUUUUCCACAGUGGCUCGUGGGGGACUGUGCGUGAUAACUCGUGGGGUAUUGAGGAUGUUCAGGUGGUGUGCAGACAGCUGCAGUGUGGAGAGGCCCUCAGUAACCACAUAUCAGCCUGGUUUGGUCCUGGAACUGGGUCCAUAUGGCUGAAUGAGGUGGAGUGUGAGGGGAAUGAGACAUCCCUGUGGAACUGCAGAUAUCAGCUGUGUGAAGAGGGUGAAUGUGGACACCAUGAGGACGUAGGAGUCGUCUGCUCAGAGUUUAAAGAGAUCCGACUCACAAAGGGCUGUGAGGGAAAUCUGGAAGUGUUCUACAAUGGAACCUGGGGUAAUGUGUGUUACAAUCAGAUGGCUGAUGAGACGGCAAACAUGGUGUGUGGAGAGCUGAACUGUGGAAGACAUGGCAGUCUGUCAAACACUGAAGCACGAGUAAAAUCUGCUCCUAACUGGCUGGAUCAUGUGAAAUGUAGGAAACACGACUCUAAACUGUUGCAGUGUCCAUCUUCACCCUGGGGACAGAACAGAUGUGAUAAUCAUAAUGAAGUUGUUCAUAUUAACUGCACAGACAUAUCCACUGUGUCCACUGCUACACCCACCACCACCACCAAAUCAGUAGGAACCGAUCUAAACCCUGUGUCACCUGGACUUUCAUCCUUCCCUCCACUGGUUCUCUAUGUGUUUGGAACGCUGCUCUUCCUGGCCUUAGUGCUUCUGCUGGUGCUGUUUUACCAGAACAGAGUGCUCAGGAGAGUUGUCUCUAUAACGAGGCGUAAGUCUGAGCCAGAGGCAGUCUAUGAGGAGAUCAACCACAGAUACAUGGCUAGAAGAAGCUUCACACAAAGCGGAAGUCUCCUCUCUGAAGAACAGCAUUCUGGGUAUGAGCAUGUGGAUGAUGAGCUUCUCUCAGAGGAUGAAGCUGAGAAUUAUGAUGACACCAUUACAGCUGAUCAGAAGUCAGUUAUACUGACAGAGGACGUGUCCGAGAACUAUGACGAUGCAGUUACCACUGAAACAAACACAAACAUCAUCACAGACAAUCCAGAAGAUUAUGAUGAUGUCAUCACUGAGGAACAGGAUGUAGGAGAGACAGAAGGUGAGCGACUUCCUGUUUAUUCUCUAAUGUACGUAAAUUCACAGGCAGCAGAGUAAAAGAUUAAAUUAUAUAUGAUUAUAUUAUAUAUGGUAUAUAAUAAAUAUCAGCUUUCAGAUCAGUUUUUAGGACAAAUAUAAUAGAACAUGUAUUUAUUAAAGAGUUUAGAUUAGACCUACUGUAAAUAUUAUCUAUGAUACAGAACAUAAACAUCAGAUCACUGCUUUUAUAACAAAUCACCGUUCAGUC